CCCGCCUACUUAUUCUGCGCAGCCUCUGUAGUGUAGAUAGAUCGCGUGAACCUUCUAUUGAUAAUCGUGCUGUCUUACGUCUCUGACCACUUCAUCCCUCACUCAGUCAUUUGGGUACCACAAUGUCGUCUGGAAACGCUAAAAUCGGCAAGCCGGCCCCAGCCUUCAAAGCCACGGCUGUUGUGGAUGGACAAUUCAAGGACAUCCAGCUGUCUGACUACAAAGGAAAGUAUGUGGUGUUCUUCUUCUACCCUCUGGACUUCACAUUUGUCUGCCCCACUGAGAUUGUGGCAUUCAGCGACCGAGCUGAAGAAUUCCGCAAAAUUGGCUGCGAGGUUCUCGGCUGCUCCGUCGACUCUCACUUCAGUCACUUGGCCUGGAUCAACACACCAAGAAAGCAGGGAGGUCUGGGUAACAUGAAAAUCCCCUUGGUGGCAGACCUCACAAAGAACAUUUCCAGAGACUAUGGUGUGCUGAAGGAGGAUGACGGCAUUUCAUACAGAGGUCUGUUCGUGAUUGACAACAAAGGCAUUUUGAGGCAGAUCACCAUCAAUGACUUGCCAGUGGGUCGCUCUGUGGACGAAACCCUCCGUCUGGUCCAGGCCUUCCAGCAUACUGACCAAUAUGGUGAAGUGUGUCCUGCGGGCUGGCAGCCAGGCGGUGACACCAUUGUUCCUGACGUUGAGAAGAGUAAAGCCUUCUUCUCCAAGCAGUGAAUGUGAAUCUCAUCUCACCAGUUCCAGGGCAGGAGCACUUGCCCUCAGAUGAAAUUUGCUUCUGUGGAACAGUCAUUACUAACUUCCGUUUUUGUCCAAAGCCCAACGUAUUCCCAGUGAAAUACUUUGUACGUCGAGUAUAAAACUGGUAGGACGACCUACAAGUCUCAAACACUGAAAUGUUGAAUUCCUUGUUUUUCAGAAAAACUUUGAGAAUUUUCCUGACUGUUUCCUUAAUAACGCUGCCGUUGAUUAAAACAGUAGGAAUAUGAA